UCCAUUGACAUUCACUCUCUUCUCCCACUAGAGAGAGUGGUGACGCUGCUGAGAAUGCAAUCUCUUCAAAAUCCUACUCCUUUCUUCACCUUCCCUAAACCCCUACUAGUAAAACCCUCCAAACCCCACAUUUCCUUCCCAAAAAUCCUUCCUUUCCGUCUCUCCACCCGGAAAUUUAUCGUUAACUCCUAUAGCUCCGAUGAGCUCCCUAUUGACGAGUCCUUCAUCGAGCAUUUCGGCCCAAAGGAGAAAGAGUCCGAGGAAGAAGCCCGUCGCCGGAACUGGAUAGAACGGGGUUGGGCACCAUGGGAGGAAGUCCUCACCCCCGAGGCCGAUUUCGCCAGGAAAUCUCUCAACGAAGGCGAAGAAGUUGCACUUCAAGAUCCAGAGUCAAUUGAGUCCUUCAGGAUGCUGAAGCCAAGCUACCGAAAGAAGAAGAUGGAGGAAAUGGGGUUGACGGAAGAUGAAUACUAUGCAAAACAGUUCGAGAUUAAGGGAGAGAUUCCAGAGCCUUUGGAGACUGUUUAUGGUGGGCCAAUGGUGGUUCGUCAUGUGCCACCAAGGGACUGGCCUCCUCGGGGAUGGGAAGUGGAUAGGGAGGAGCUAGAGUUUAUACGAGGGGCACACAAGCUGUUACCAGCUAGGAUUCAUCUGGAGACAGUUGAGAAAGAGUCCAACACAAAUACUGAUGAUUUGUCUCUGGAGAGGUAUAAGGUUUUCCUGAAACAGUAUAAUGAAUGGGUUGCAGCAAACAAGGACAGAUUGGAGGAGGAAUCCUACGAGCAUGAUCAAGAUUAUUACCCAGGCAGGAGAAAAAGGGGCAAGGACUACAAAGAGGGGAUGUAUGAGCUCCCCUUUUAUUAUCCAGGACAGAUUUGUGCUGGUAAAGUGACUACUUUACAUCUCCAUCAAGGUGCAUUUUUGGACAUUGGAGGUGUUCAUGAAGGGUGGGUCCCUAUAAAAGGAAAUGACUGGUAUUGGAUCCGCCAUCACAUAAAAGUUGGCAUGCAUGUCCUAGUUGAAAUUGUGGCAAAAAGAGAUCCUUACCGGUACCGAUUUCCCAUUGAGAUGCGCUUUAUUGAUCCUAAUAUAGAUCACCUUCUAUUUAAUAGAUUUGAUUACUCACCAAUCUUUCAUCGUGAUGAAGAUACUAAUCCUGAUGAGUUGAGACGUGAUUGUGGAAGACCCCCUAUACCUAUAAAAGAUCCAGAAAUCAAAGUAGAAGAAGAAUCAUUACUGUCAAAUCACCCCUAUGUGGAUAAGUUAUGGAUGAUCCAUAAUGCUGAACAAAUGGUUAUGGAUGACAUGGAGACUAGACCUGAUGUGUAUAAAGACAAAAAGUUGUCUGAGUAUACUGAUGACGAAGAUUUUGAUGAAGAAAACAGUGUUGAAUAUUCUACAGAUUACUACAAAAAAGCUUUACUACCAAAGAUGAGCGUGAGAAUAAGUGCUAAAGAACUUGACUUGGAGUCUGCAUUCGCUGAGCGUCAGGUACACAACAAACUAAGGAAAGAAGCAGAAGCUAGAGGUGAGAAAUAUAAAGUAACAAGUAUGAACCGUUGCAACGAAAUGGACGAAUAUGACUUGCUCCAUUGGCAUCGGUCAUUAGAGGAAAGAGAGGCUCUACUCAGAGAUAUUAGCUGCCGUCAGGCGCUUGGUCUUCCAUUGGUCGAGCCAGGGAAGUUUUUAGGUGCUAGUUACUUUGGAGAUGAGUAUGAUCCUUCAAACCCCUUGUACCGUUAUGACUACUGGGGGGAACCCAAGAACUCAGAAAAGAGCAAGCAAGAGCGAAUGACGGAUGCCCACAACAAAUCAAUUGUAGGGAAGGGCACUGUUUGGUACGAGAUGUCAUACGAAGAAGCCAUCAAGCAGCAAAUGGAAAGGCAAGCCAAGAAUAAAGGAAAAGAACCCGAAAUCGUAGAUUAUGAAAAAGAAGAAAGUGGCGAGGAUGAUGAUGAUGACGAUGAGGAGGAUUUCGAUUUCAGCAUUUUGGACGAUCCUGAAGUAAAUAGCAUGUAUGCUGAACCAUUAGUUAACGGUACAGAGUCUUCAGCAAUGUCAGAUGAGGGUAUGUUUGAGGACUAAUCACUUGAGCUCAGGUAUUAUUUAUUUUUGUUCUUGUAUUGUACUACUAGUUCUUCGAAUGUAGCUAGAUGGAUGAAAAAAAAAACUUUCCAACAUCUCUGAGAAGAUAAAACAACUUUCUUUUAGUUGGAAGCAAUGUAUGAUUUUAAUAUUUAGGGCUUCAACAGACAAUUUUGUAAAGAGUAACAUAUAAUUAGAAAGGGUAGAGAGUUCUUAAAUUU